AUGAAGAGAAAUGGUAGAACUCUUGCUGAGUUCCCGUCCAUGCCUAUCCCAGAAAAAGAAAAAGAGUAUGCUUAUAAAAAUAAAUUAAUAGACGAAGAGCUCGAUUACGAUAAGGAGAAACUAAGGAAUCAUCAUAUUAUCCUGAAGAAUGGUCUUAACUCGAUACAAAGGGAAAUAUUUGAUGUUGUUAGCCAGUCUAUUGAACAAGGUAACGGUGGUUUAUUCUUUGUUUAUCGGAGCGGUGGCACUGGGAAAACUUAUCUUUGGAACACUAUAAUAACCAGUCUACGUGCAAAAUCCAAGGUUGUUUUGACAGUUGCAUCCUCUGGUAUAGCAUCAUUGUUGCUUCCCGGAGGAAGGACUGCACAUUCUCGGUUCAAAAUACCAAUAACUUUGGAAGAUAAUUCCACGUGCGAUGUUAGUCAUGGAACUCAGUUGGCAGGGUUGAUAUGUAAAGCUGAAAUAAUAAUUUGGAAUGAAGCACCGAUGAUUCAUAGGCAUGCUUUUGAAGCUCUAAAGCGAACUGUCAGAGAUCUCAUGUAUCCGAGCAAGGACAAGACGAAAGAAAAAUUGUUUGGAGGUGACUUUAGACAGAUAUUACCAGUUAUUAGAGGUGGAAGCCGGGAAAAUAUUGCUGAUGCUUCUAUUAGUAUGUCAAAAUUAUGGAAGCACUUCCAUGUAUUUGAGUUUUCAGAGAACACGAGAUUAUUGAACGGAAAUUGUAGUUCUGCGGAGAAACAAAUGAUAUCCGAAUUCGGCAAGUGGAUUUUGGAUCUUGGGGAUGGGAAACUACCAGAAAAAGCAAUAGAGGGUAAAGACGAAGAACCAACUUGGAUUAAGAUACCCGAUGACCUGUUGAUUAAGGCUGACGAAAAUCCCAUCGAAGCUAUUGUUGAUGCCGUUUAUCCUGAUUUGAUUGCUAGAUUUAAGGAUAAGAAUUACCUAAGGGAGAGAUGCAUCUUAGCACAAAAGAAUGAAAUUGUAGACCAUAUAAAUGAUUACGUGGUGUCUAUGCUUCCAGGUGAAGAACACGUUUUUCUGAGUUCGGAUUCAAUAAGUCCCCAGUCAUAUGAUUUUGAGAAUGCAGAGCUGUCAUACAAUCAAGAAUAUCUAAAUGCUCAAAAACUAUCCGGAGUACCUAAUCAUGUGCUUCGAUUGAAGCUUGAUGUGCCAAUAAUGCUUACAAGAAAUAUAAAUCCAAGUGCUGGCUUUGCAACGGUACGAGACUCAUUGUUACCAAAAUAUGCGCAAGAACUAUUCAAGCUCGGAUUAUAA